AUGGAUCCGAGCCUGUUAUUUUAUUUAAGCUCUAGCGAAAGCGAAAAUGACGAAAGAGUUGUGCGUAAGCAACUUCGGGGCAGAAGUAAUCCAUUGGCAUUAUCCGACAACGCAUUCAUCAAAAGAUUUCGGUUAAGCAAGGAGGCAUUCCAGUAUGUUUUAUCGAAAACAAACAUAAACUGCGAUGACACAAAAGCCGUUCCUGCUGCUUUGCAAUUGGCUGCAAGCCUCUUGCUCCUUGCAAGUGGUAACUAUCAGCACACAGUUGGUAGCGAUUACCUGAUAGGUAUGUGCCAGAGCACGGUAUCAAAAUUGACGUCCAACGUCUUAAAAGAAAUGGAAAGCAAAUUGUGUCCGGAAUUUAUAAAGUUCCAGCCCAACGAAUCUUAAAGAUGUAAGGAGUGGUUUGCG